UAGGGCAUCAUGCGGAAUGGACAUAAUAUUGUCAGAGUUCAUAACUCGGACAUCGGCCGAGCCAGGACUAGCCAGGGACCUUCUAGAUGCUCACGAAUGGGACUUGCAAGCAGCUCUUUCUGCUUUCUACUGUAUGAAGGGAAUACCUGUACCAUCAGAAAACAUUCCUUUGGCCACAAUUUCCCAAACUUUAACAAAAAACACUUCAUGUAAGGUAACUGACCUUUCAAGUGAUGAUCGUUCAACGCCUGCUAAAGAAACGCAUGGGUCAGGCCCUUCAAGCAAACCGAAGACUGAAGGUUCAAAUGGAACAGAUAUAGAUGUUGCAUACAAGAAACUAGCCAGAGGCAUUUCCAGGGCAACUAACAAUGUAAAUCUUGUGUCUCGAGCAAGAAGUGAGUUUGCUCAAGACUUCCAGAUUGCUAAUAGCAAGGAGCACCCACCUCAAGCUUCACUGGAAAUACCAGUAUGCACUUUUACUCUUCCUGACUUGUCGGCACACCCAGAAGACUUCCGCAGGUUUCUUGAGAAAGACUUGAUUGAAACGUCCACUUUAGUUUCGUUAGAACAAAGUGGGAGAUUGAACUGGUGGGCUGAUCAAGGAACUUUACAACAUCUGUGGCCUCUUGCAACUACCGGGGAUGGAAACUGUCUCUUACAUGCUGCAUCCCUGGGAAUGUGGGGGUUUCAUGAUCGACUUCUGACCCUAAGGAAAGCUUUGCAUGCCCUAUUGACUCAUAGCCAAUUUACCCAGGCUUUCUAUCGAAGGUGGCGUUGGCAAACAGCACUUCAGAACAAAGAGUCCGGUCUAGUCUACUGUGAGCAAGAGUGGCAGAGAGAAUGGCAGACUCUGCUAAAGAUGGCAUCUCCAGAACCUCGACCCAAUAACAAAGAAAUGACCAAUAGUGUCAGCUGGCAGAAUAAAAGCAUCUUGGACAUUGUGCCAGAAGAGGAAGUUUCAUCCCACAUCUAUGAAAGCUUAGAAGAGAUACACAUCUUUGCAUUAGCUCAUGUCUUGCGGAGAGCAGUCAUUGUGAUAUCGGACACGAUGCUGAAAGAUGCGACCGGAGAACCUUUUGCACCCAUCUCCUUCGGUGGGAUUUAUCUUCCACUAGAACAGUCGGCGGCCGACUGUGACAAGUCUCCGCUCUGUCUGACCUACGAUGCUGCACAUUUCUCUGCCUUGGUUGCCAUGGAAACAGAAACACGUGCCGAAAAGAAAUUAAGGAUACCGGCUGUCAUCCCAUUGACUGAUUCUCAUUACACUCUCCUUCCUAUUCAGUUUGCUGUAGACCCAGGGGUAGAGGUCAAAUGGGGUAGUGAUGAGAAUGAUCCAUGGAUCAUAUCAAAAUUCACCCUAACAGACAAGGACAAGGUCACUUUACUCAGUAUGUAUUUGGACAUUAUCGAUAUUCCUCUCUCAUUAGUUCAGGUACAAUCUCAGCAUGAACAAAAGCAAACUGAAAGUGCUAAUGUAAUUAAUGGAUUUUGUGAAGACAAUCAGAAACCCCCUUAUGGUAGUUCUGAAUCUGAUGACACAUUAACUGAUUCAAGUAGUAAUUCAUCCCAGCAUAAAGUCAAAGCUGCUAAACAUUUGCAAACUGUUGCCAAACAGUUGGGUAGAAGCAUGAGCAAAAAGUUUAAGAAAAAUUUUGGCGGCAUUUCUCGAAAGAGUGGAUCAUUUAAAGGUGCAACAGAUAAAACCGGUGUGGCUGCUUCUUUGGUAAAGAGUCCUUCGUGUAGUUCCCAAACAAUCUCAACCGACUUGGAUGGCAAGACACUGGACAGGAGCAACUUCAUUCUUGCUGCUGUCCUUCACACGGACGUCCAACAUGAAUAUCAGGAGGAGAUGAUCCGUAACUACUUGAACUCUGCCAGAGCACGGUUUUUGCAGGAAGAGGAACACAAGUCAACUGAUUUGCCAGACGUCGAGCUUCCCGAUGUAGAUGUUGCUUCCUUCCUCUGCGUAAACCCUGGAUGUUCUAUGUAUGGCACAGCUAAAACCAGCUAUCUGUGUUCAGUGUGUUACAUGAAACAGAAAGGGCAUGAAACUCAGCAUUCAGAUGGAACAGCCUAUAUGCAGCUUUCAAGAGUUCUAUUGAUAGAGAUGUCCAGGGAAAGCUCAACAAAGCUUACAUUCAAUGGUAAGGUAGCUAAGUGAACACAAACACUUCUACUAUUUUGUGACAGACAAGUGCAGUUCAUCUAACCCCCUAAACUCCACUUGUUCAUGGCCGCAAGUUUAUGAGGGGUCAGUUAUUCUGGCAGUAAAGUAUGGUUUUUGAGGUUAACAGAUUGAUUCAUUAAUCAGCAUACUUUUUUAGUUCUAGCUUGAAUAACAGGGAAUGCAACACCCCUCUGUAGCACCCAUUCCCCUGAACUUGGUCUGAUUGAUUCACAGUUGGGUUGUUACAUAAAACUCUGUUUUGAAUUAAAUAUUAAGCUUAAUUUGCCUGAUAUUACAGUGUUUACUACUAUGUUAUGUUAGAAAAACAUAGUUGAUAUUUAAAUGGUAAAUCUGUACACAUUUAUUUUUUUACUUUCCUUCAAAGUAGGAGACUUAAUGUCGUUGUUCAACAUUAGUACAGAGUAGGUUCAAAUAUUUUGAUCUUUUGUUUAUUUGUUUGUUAUUAAGCACAAAGCUAUACAAAGGGCUAUCUGUAUUCUGCCCACCACGGGUAUCGAAAUCCAGUUUCUAGCAGUAUAAGUCCAAAUAAUAUUUAGGUCUAUCCACUCACUCUGAAAAUCAAACAAAUGAUAGCACUAGUAAUUGAUUUAUUUUGCUUAAAUAUAAUUAUAACUGUGGUGUAUAGUUUUAGGCCUAACAUAAAUAUGACUUUCAAAUGCAGAUGGUCAGCUAGAGAAGGACCGUAAGGUUCGUAUGCUGAGGGGGACCCCCCCCCCCCUGGUGGUGUGUAAGCAUUAAAAUAAUAAACUGGUUUAACUAAGACAAAAGGACAUCUGGUUAUGACGAAAUGAGUUACGAAACGAAGUGGGGGCAAAAUUCACUCUAGCACCCCUAAAUGGCCCAAGCGUAU